GUGAACCAAAAAAUAAAAGAAAGUAAAACUCCUUCGAUGACAAUGCCCACGUGUAUACUCCUCACCGUCUUGUUCGUCGUGUAUCCCUGGUUCGGUUCACCUGGUUGGAGCUCUAAACCAAAUGGGAGCCAUUACUCAUCCCGAUGAAGCGGAAGCUUUGAACUACAUCUUCGUGGCUUGGAAUAUUCAGGCGCCAAAGGAAUGGAACAUAAGCGGCGAAGUUUGCUCCGGCGUAGCCAUCAACGACAACAUCAUCAUUGACGACAAAGCCUACAACCCUCUUAUCAAAUGCGACUGCAGUUUGGACAAGUCUACAGCCUGCCGAAUCACCGCCCUCAAGGUCUAUGCAAUGGAUGUUGCAGGGCCUAUACCUCCACAGCUCUGGACUUUGACACACCUCACCAAUCUAUACUUAUCAAAUUCAGGACUUAAAGGGGAAAUACCUUCAUCAUUUGCUAAUCUUGUAAACCUGCAAGACGCGAAAAUUCUCGGAACUGGUUUGACGAUACCGUCGUCAUUUUCCUACUUAACUUCUUUGAAUGAACUAGUAUUGAGGAACAGCAAUCUUACUGGGACAAUACCCUCUAGUUUUGGGGAACACUUAAAUCUUACACAAGUAGAUGUUUCGUACAAUGAAUUGACUGGUACUCUUCCUCCAUGGGUCAGCAUACCAAACUUGAAACUCAACCUUGUUGCUAACAACUUCACCUUGGAAGGUCUUGACAAGAGGUGGGUUUUACCAGGACUAAAGUGCCUGCAGAAGAACUUCCCAUGCAAUCGAGGCAAAGGAAUCCAUUCUGACGUUUCGAUAAAGUGCGGAGGGACACAGAUACGAUCCAUUACAGGAAACGUAUUUGAGAGGGAUGACGAGGAUCUUGGAUCUGCUUCAUUUUUCGUGAAUGAUGUUAACAGAUGGGCAACCAGUAGUGUAGGACUUUAUGCCGGGAACAUCAAUAAUAUAUGGGUUAUCAACAGUUUGGAAAGACAACUUUUUCAGACAGCAAGACAUUCUUCAUCUUCACUAAGAUACUAUGGGUUAGGGCUAGAAAAUGGAGUCUAUACUGUAAAACUUCAGUUUGCUGAAAUAGAAAUCCUUGGUACUAAGGCUUGGAAAGGUUUAGGAAGAAGACGUUUUGAUAUUUAUGUCCAGGGAAGACUUGCUGAAAAGGACAUUCAUAUACGCAUAUCAGAUGAUGAUACUACGGUCCGACCAGUUCAGAGAGAAUAUAAAGCACAUGUAUCAGAAAAUUAUCUUGAAAUUCAUCUUUUCUGGGCUGGCAGAGGAACACUGACUAUUCCUGUUCAAGGUACUUGUGGGCCACUAAAAUCGACCAUCAGUGCAAAACCAGGUAUCACAACAACUAGCGAAUUCCUUUUUUUUCUACCAUCUCCCUGGUGCCUAAGUGUUACAUGUUCAGAUUUUAUACCAACUGUGGGCAACAGACCACCAUCAAAGAAAAAGUACACGACUGGUACAGUUGUGGGUGCUAUUGUUGGUCUAGGACUUAUAAGCAUCAUUUCGGGCGUAGUUAUCAUCAGCAUCAGAAAAAGCAGAAAGCGUUACACAAAUGAUGAAGAGCUGCUUAGAUUGGAUGGAAGGCCUUACACUUUUGCUUACUCUGAACUUAAAAGUGCCACUCAAGAUUUCAAUCCCUCAAAUAAGCUUGGAGAGGGAGGAUUUGGGUCUGUUUAUAAGGUAAUCCCCAAAUUAAGUAGCACUAGAGAGGAAAUGGCAUGA